CACUGGAGGCGCCAUUACAUUAAAACCUGCGCUCAGUACAGAAGAGCAUAAUUUGGCGGCAUUAUCAAGCAGAGAGGUCUUUUCGGUGAGUCAUUAAAACCAAACCCUGGAAAAUGGCGGAGAAAGUCGCAGUUUUUGAAAACUAUCUGAGCUGCCAUGUGUGUUCAGAGACAUUCAGAGAUCCUGUGUCUCUGAGCUGCGGCCACAGCUUCUGUUCAAGCUGCCUGCAGAAAUUCUGGGAACAAACUACAAACAAAAACUGUCCCAUUUGUAAAAGAAAGUCUUCAAAGGAUGAACCAUCCAUGAACUUUGCUCUCAAAGAACUCGCUGACUCCUUUGCUAAGAGGCAGAGUGAGAGCUCACCUGAGACAGAAAAAGAAAAGGAGGAAGAGAAGGAGGAGGUGGUGUGUGAUAAACAUCCAGACGUCCCUUACUGGUACUGUGAGGAUGAAGACAGAGCUGUGUGUCCUGUGUGUGAGUUUUCUCUCCACCAGAGUCACAAAGUGGUUCCUGUAGAAGAAGCAGUCAGUGACCUGAAGGAGCAGCUGAAAUCUGACUUAAAGUCUCUGCAGGACAAGAGGAACAAAUACAAACAAGUGGAGGAAACAUACAAUGAAGUGAUUCAACACUCCAAGAAGCAGCUGUUGUCCACAGAGAGGCAGAUCAGAGCAGAGUUCAACAAGCUCCAGCAGUUCCUGAAAGAGGAAGAGGAGUCCAGACUGGCAGCUCUGAGGGAGGAAGAGGAGCAGAAGGGGAGGACUAUCAGCAGAGAGAUGAAGAUGAUUGAGGAGCAGAUCUCCUCUCUGUCAGACAGCAUCUCUGCUGUUGAAGAAGAGCUGCAGAAACACAGCGUGCCAUUCCUCAGCAGUUAUAAAGACACUCAGAGCAGAGCCCAGAGCUCAGUGUCAGAUCCACAGCUGGUCUCAGGAGCACUGAUAGAUGUGGCCAAACACCUGGGCAACCUGUCCUUCAGAGUGUGGGAGAAGAUGAAGGAGAAGGUCCACUUCAGUCCUGUCAUUCUGGACCCAAACACUGCAAACCGCUGGCUCUAUCUGUCUGAUGAUCUGACCAGUGUGAGACAUAGAGAUACGAAGCAUGAGCUUCCUGAUAAUCCAGAUAGAAACACUUAUUCUGCCACUGUUUUUGGCUCUGAGGGCUUCAGGUCAGGGAAACACAGCUGGGAGGUGGAGGUGGGAGACCAUCCUUGGUGGAUUGUGGGUUUAGUUAAAGAGUCAGCUGACAAAAAUGAGCCAUCUGUUUCACCAACAUCUGGAUUCUGGUGUUUAACACAUUACAGUGGAGAAUACACUAAUGGUGAUGAUCAGUCUCUACAAGUGAAGAAGAGUCUCCAGAGGAUCAGAGUCCAGCUGGACUAUGACAGGGGGGAGGCGUCCUUCUGUGACCCUGAAGACAUGACUCACAUCUACACUCACAGAGACACUUUCACUGAGAAACUCUUCCCAUUUUUUAACAUUGGAGAGGCAGGAGACGCCAAAACCUCUGAUAUCAAAAUCUGUGAGACGGAGAUUUCUUUGAAAAGUGUAAGGAGGUCUCUGUGAGUUUUUUGGUUUUCUUUUCUUUUCUCUCAAGCUUUCUCGUCUUUAUUACAGCUUGUUUCUUGGCUGUUUGUUUUUUGCUUCUUUUCAAUUUAGGCAACUCCCAUUUCCUAAAUUGAAAAGAAAAUUUUAGCACCUGAAGCAAUUUAUAUAAUGAGAUAUGUUAUUUUUAAAGCACAGAGAUCAUAACUAAAUCAUAAAAGGAAUUUAUUUUGUUUUCUUGCAAAUUCAGUUUGAAGGUGUUUAAAAGGUUUUUUUUUUACUUGUUUUUUGUUUUGUUUUUUAUCUUUUUGACAAAUAUAUAGCAGUUUUAAAGUCUUCAGGUGUUCAUGAAACUGUUUUUAAACAUUUAAACAGUGAAAAAUUGAUGUGACAUUGAUGAACAAGCAGCGAUAAAUGUCACUUUCUUUUCCUUCAUCAGUUAUUUAGAUCAAUAUCAGUUAAUAACAGUAUCACGACACUUUAUGCUUUAGUGGUUUCAAAAUGAUAAAUAGACUUGACUCAUAAAUAAUCCUAAUGUCUUCUUUUAAUACUUAACUGUCAGUGAUUCAUUUAAGUGAUUUGCUUCAUUUAAAUGUGUUUCUUAUAGCAUGUUCUCCAUUACGUUGCAAAAUAAACCAAACUGUGUACAUUGGCGUAAUAGUUCAGUCAUGUUUUUCUUUAGAACGUGUCAUUGCAGAAUAAUGUUGACUGUCUGACAUUUAUUCAGUUGUAUUCAUACAAACUAAAGCUCAUUCUUUGUUUUUUAGAUUGUUCCUAAGUUCUGUGUAAAUUGCUUUGUCAGAUACAGACACUGUUUUCUUUGCUACUGACUGACCCGAAACAUUUAUUUCAUAAUUGUUGAACAUUUGUACAGUUGGAGCUGCUGUUUGUUCCAGUGUGUUUCUGUGAACUCUCACUUCAUGUUCCAGAUCACAUCAGCACAUUCAGGAUUUAGUCUCAUUAAUUAUCUUUUUCACCUGCUGAACAAAUAUGAUGGAAAUGUCAGAAACCUGAUUUCAUUGAUCUCCUGGAUUAUUUCUGUCAAUAAAAAAUAUCAAAGUC